AUGGAUCUGGUCCAACUUGCAGUGUCUUUCCACAUUCUUAUGUGUGCUGCAUGGGCCCGACACUCUUACAUGGACAGCAUCCUCUCAGCCCGCUCAGCUCUCAGGUUUCUGGAUGAGCCUUUGACAUUUGACCCCUGCUGUCUCAUGUCACCGCCUCCGCCACCAUUCUUCCCUCCACCACCUCAGCUCUGGAAGCGGGGCAGCCCCGACGGUAUUAGCGUGUUAGAACCAAGUGUUUUUGGAGGAGAGGUACAGGAAAAACAAAAACCUGUGAUACCUGGGUGUUCACCUGGACCUCCAGGACCUCCAGGACCUCCAGGACCCUUGGGCCCAGAGGGUCAGGGUGGAUUACCUGGAAUAAGAGGACCAAAAGGGGAGACGGGGGAAAUUGGACGUCCGGGGUUAAAGGGUCGUACAGGGGCUCCAGGCCUCCCAGGGAAACCAGGACUAUCAGGAUGGCCUGGUCCAGAGGGACCCGGGGGGGAGAAAGGGGAUCCAGGUCUCAUGGGAUUACCAGGACUAAGGGGACCUCCAGGGACAAAGGGUUUCUCUGGUUACAAAGGAGAGAAGGGGGUUCAUGGUAACCCUGGUGCAGGAGGACCAAAAGGCGAUAAGGGUUCCAUUGGUUUGCCUGGGAUGCUCGGACAGAAGGGUGAGCAAGGACCAACGGGAGAGCCAGGACUCACGGGGAAGAGAGGAUCCACUGGACGGCCCGGAAAGAGAGGCAAACAGGGCAUGAAGGGCCAUCAUGGAGCCCCUGGAGUCAUUGGCCCCCAAGGACCUUCAGGUCAAAACGGCCAUCCAGGGCCACCCGGUCCACCUGCCUCAGGUCUCUAUCUUGUUGGGGAAAAGGGAGAAGAGGGUCCUUCGGGUCCACCAGGUCGCUGUGACUGUGAUUCCACUUAUGGAGCAAACAAUGCUCCUUUUGGAAGCUACACUCAGCGAGGUGGCCUCAAUAAAGUCCCUGCAAUAUUUGUGGUAAACAGUGAGGAGGAGAUGGACCGCCUACGUCUAGACAACACAAUAGUGUUCAGGAAGGAUCAGAGGGUGCUCUACUUCAAAGAUAAAGAUGGAUGGAGGCCCAUACAGCCCUUACAGCCGUUCCAGUCCACAGAGAAAGUACCGGACAGAGUCGGUGUGUGUGGGGACGGAAAGGUGCAGGCCCAGCAUGGAGAGGAGUGUGAUGAUGGAAACCAGAUAGUCACUGACGCUUGUCUCAACUGUAAGUGGGCCUACUGCGGAGACGGCUACCGGCACGACGGCAUUGAGGAGUGCGAUGGAAAGGACUUUGGUUAUCAGACCUGCAAGUCCUAUCUUCCUGGGUCCUUUGGGCAGCUCAGAUGCACCGACUCUUGCCUCAUUGAUUCUACUGGUUGCAAGUAUUUCACCUGAACUGGAAAGUAAAAAAAAAAAAAGGUCAGAUUGCAACUCUGCAAAUUAUACUUUGGAUUCGUACUGAAGUCUCGCCUCUUAAAAAAUACCUGAAGGACUGAGGGAGCGCUCUUGUGCCUGCUCUGAGCCAUGAACAGUCAUGGGAGUCGACUGUCUCCUCCGGAGGUUCAAUUCCUUUACUGGCCUCAGGAAGCAGCUUCCUGUUACUUUCACUCCAUCGGCUGCAGCACUGUUAUCGAUGCUGGGGAACAUUUUAAUGAUUUAAUGAUUGUAUCAUAUGAAAUAAAUACAAUGUGUAUGACUUACUGACUGUUAAUGCGGAACAAUUGUGAAUUCUGUACUUCUUUUGUAAUACGAGAGAGAAAAUAUAGCCCAUUCCAAAAGAGGCCAAUAUAUUAUUGAUACUAUAUAAAUAUAUACACUGUAGUAUGCAAAUCAGGGGUGUGUAAAUGUGUUUAUUCCUGUGCAUUGUAUUAGGAAACAUGUAUUUAUGAAAUGCAAUGCUGUGAUAUUGCAUGUAAACGUGUACUCGUGCACAGCGGACUGCUUUAAUCAGUGUUGUAGAAGUAUGGCCUUUUUUCGAAGUGAUUGUUUGAAUAUCCGACAGGAGGAAAACAAAAGUCAUACUGCAACAACAGCAAGAAAAACUCCUCUGAUUGUCGCAGCAGCAUGAAGAAACUGCUCGGUCACAUCAGAAUGCCUCCACCGUGGAUUCAGUAGUGUGAUUAGUGUAUAUAUAUUUAAUCUGCCUGCAUGACUGUAAAGCUCAUA